UUUCUUUGUGAAAGUCUUUUUGAGAGUUAACAAGGUGCCAGAAGUGUCAAUCAAGCCGUGCUUAAUUAGUCCUUAUCCCGUCGGACGAGGUGUCUUGUUGACGGUGUGUCAGCAUGUCCCUGCGGCGUCUUGGUUGCCAGUAGGGACGGGGUAUACAUGUACAGGCGGUGACAGCGGGGGAGCACGCAGACGUGAUUUGUACACCUGUUUAUAGCGACUCGCCUCUCCGUGGAAGCAUAAGGACGGUCGGUACAUUUUGUUGAAGCACGUACGCCCUGUACAGCCGAACUUGUGUUCUCGCUUUGAUAACACCGACCAAUGUGACUGCCUUUCCGUGCCCCUGGAAGAAUUUCUCGGACGCCGGUACGGGUGCCAACUGCUGGGGGAUAGUUCGGGGGGCGAAUUCCUGCCCAGUAUCAUGCGUGAUACAGAUCACAAACUGGCUGGGGCAUUCUUUGGGCCCAAACUGGAGGAAUUUGGUGCUCGGAACUGGUGACACGCGCACCAGCAGCGGUGUUUUUCUGUCUAUCUGAACUGAGGAUGUCCCUGCUACAACGAGGUAAGGAGAGGGGCGACGUACGGAAGUCUCCCCGCGGGCUGCUGAGUGUCUGGGGCCCGUCCUCGUCCUACCCCUCGCCGGCGCCAGCGGUCAGCCCCCCGCAAAAGGGCCGGGAGAGAGCCGCCACCCUCCCGAUGCAGGUCCGGGGACAGUCCCUGCCCCUCCACACCGUGGAGGACGCGCUUUUCCGCAAACAUGUCAGUCUGUUACCCGCUAUCAGCUACAACCUGCCCGAGUCAACAGGUAAGCCUGGGUACUAUCCAAAUGUCUGGGCCUCCAUCCGCCUGCAGAAAUCUAGCGACUACAUCGUGCAAGACUCGUCACAAGACGCCAGGAAGAUCUCUUCUCGCGGUACGUCUCCCUUCUUAAGGAAGAUUUACGCCAAGUCUGCGCCGCCACAAGACGCUAAGUUCUCGGCUCUAAGAACUUACACCCCGAGACGGGAAGGCACGCGGACCGGUAGCAUGUCAGUUGACAGGGAGAUAAAGAGGGUUUUUCACAACUUCGAUCUGAAUAAUGUAGACGUAGACAACAUAAAGGGACUGAAAGACAGACUGGUUAUCGAGCAGCGCCAGCUUCACGCUCCUCAGAACGACGUGAACUCGUCCAGAGAGACAAUCAAGCAACAGCAGCCCAGACAGCCUGUGGUGCACCUAGCGGAGGACGAGGAAACUGCAGAAAUCAGACGAAACAAUAUCAAGGUGGAGGCUUGGCUGAGACGACAUUUUGACUACAACAAAGAAUGGGACCAAUUCGACUAACUGUGAUCUAUGUGUUCAUAUGGGGGCCAAAUAAAUAGAUACUCAGGUAAAAAGUGUAAAAUACUACAUGUACAUUGUAGAAUGGAUUCUUUUUUGUAUGUUAAAUGACUUAUGAAUUGUUUGCUGAAAUUACCGUUGAUGCAAUGAUAUUUCUUACACGUGGAAAUUAGUACAUGUUAGCCUGGGUGCCAUCCGAUUUGUAACGGUAACCCCGAUUUUUUUUUUUACAAAUGGGAGGGCACCCAGACUAAGUACAUGUACACAUGGCCAUUUCUUAGGAAAUGAUACUAUUAAUGUUGUUAAACAUUUGUUAAAAAUAUCUAAAGGCUAUAGAAUACUAAUGGAGGCAAACAUAUGUACAUUUGAAUUUGAUGGUUUUUUCUUCAAAUACAUCCCUGAAAUCAUCCGAAUUGUACGAAGGCAAUGUAAUUACAUGUAUCAAAAAACAUGGAAAAAGAACAGGGGUAGUUACAAACAAUUGUCCGUUAAUUCGUUGUUUCUCGGAUUUUUUCAGAAAAAUAUGAAGCGACAGGGCGAAAAAAAAAACAGGCCAAGGCAUCCCAUGAUAGCUGGAAAUAUU